UAGAAGGGUUUUAAGGCGGCUGCAAAAUUUUCAUCCUCUUGGGAUAUUACUUUUCCCCGUCUUCUAUGUUUUGGCCUCUCUAUAGAGCUUCCUUCUGUUUAUCAUAUUUUAUCCAAUUUUCUCUUCAUUAGCAAAUCCGGUUGUUCUUUGGUUGUUUAUAUCCCUUCGUCACCGUUUAUUCGUUGAAACAUGUGGCGGAAUUUAGCCAAAAGAGCUUCUUCUAGGAAGAUUAAAUUGUGCUCCGGGAAAUUUUCUCAAGAAUCUAAUUUUCUAGAGAAUAUAACAACUCCUGAGACACAAACUUUCUUUAAGGCUUCACACCCUCUUUUGGCUUUGCAUCGAGUUACUGAUUUAGCCACUCAAAAUCAAAACUUCGGUCGAUUUAGUCACACUCAAUCUAUCAACCCUUUUAGUGUUUUUAACCGUACAAGAAAUUAUGCAAGUGCUGCAGAGGCAAUUGCUUCGACAGAUGGAGAAUCAGACCUUUCGGGUUCAGAAGAGAUGCAAGAGUUGUUGGAGCAAAUCCACAAAGAAGCUGACAAUGUAAUGGACUCAUCAUCUUCGUCGUUUGAUAAGCAGCCGAAGAAAAUGGUAGGUGGAAUGGGUAUAGGAAAGUACUACAUAUUAAAGCGUAGGCAAAUAAAGAUGGAGACCGAAGCAUGGGAACAGGCAGCCAAGGAGUAUCAAGAGCUUUUAACGGACAUGUGUGAGCAAAAGCUUGCACCCAAUUUGCCUUAUGUUAAGUCUUUGUUUCUUGGUUGGUUCGAGCCUUUAAGAGAUGCAAUUGCUAAAGACCAAGAGGUUUGCAAGGAGAAGAAGUGCAGGAUUUCUCAUGCUCCCUAUUUGGAUAAGUUGCCGGCUGAUAUGAUGGCCGUUAUUACUAUGCAUAAGUUGGUGGGGUUGUUGAUGACUGCUGGAGGAGAUGCUGGUUGUGUUAGGGUGGUACAGGCCGCUUGCCAGAUUGGCGAAGCGAUUGAACAUGAGGCCAGGAUAAACAGAUUCUUGGAGAAGACGAAGAAGAAGAAGAAUGUAACGGAUAAUAAAUCAGAAGAUAUAUCUGAGCCUCUGACCAAUGAACUAGAGAAUGUAACUAAAGAAAAAGAAAAAUUAAAGAAAAAGGUUACUAGUUUAAUUAAAAAACAAAAGCUGCAUCUAGUAAGGAAAAUUGUGAAGCACCAGGAUGAUUCCAAGCCAUGGGGUCAGGAGGCUCAUGUUAAGGUUGGCUGCCGUUUGAUGCAGUUGUUAAUGGAAACAGCCUAUAUACAACCUCCUGUUGAUCAGUUCGGUGAUAGUCCUCCUGAUAUUCGCCCUGCAUUUGUGCACACUCUUAAAAGUAUCACAAAAGACGCAAUGAAAGGAAGGAGGUAUGGUGUUAUCGAAUGCGAUCCUCUAGUCCGCAAAGGUCUUGAGAAUAGUGCUAGGCACAUGGUCAUUGAUUAUAUGCCAAUGUUGGUGCCUCCUUUAAACUGGACAGGGUAUGACCGUGGUGCAUACUUAUUUUUACCAUCCUAUGUCAUGAGAAUACAUGGAGCAAGACAACAACGUGAAGCAGUAAAAAGAACUCCAAGGAGUCAAUUAGAGCCAGUUUUUGAGGCCCUGGAUACUCUAGGAAAUACCAAAUGGAGAGUGAAUAAAAGGAUACUUAGUGUAAUUGACAGAAUCUGGGCUAAUGGAGGCGGUCUUGCUGACCUUGUUGACCGUGAAGAUGUUCCUAUCCCUGAAGAAUGCGACACAGAGGAUGAAGCAGAAAAAAAGAAAUGGAAAUGGAAGGUUAAGGCUGCAAAAAAGGAAAAUAGUGAGAGACAUUCACAGCGCUGUCAUAUAGAACUCAAACUUGCUGUGGCUCGAAAAAUGAAGGAUGAAGAGGGCUUCUACUACCCACAUAACCUUGAUUUCCGAGGUCGUGCAUAUCCCAUGCACCCACAUUUAAAUCACCUUGGCUCUGAUCUGUGCCGAGGGAUCCUGGAGUUUGCAGAGGGACGCCCUCUUGGGAAGACAGGCUUACAUUGGCUGAAGAUACAUCUGGCAAAUUUGUAUGCUGGUGGUGUGGACAAGUUAUCGUACGAGGGUCGAGUAGCAUUCAGUGAGAAUCAUUUGGAUGAUAUCUUUGAUUCUGCUGACAGACCUCUGGAAGGAAGGCGCUGGUGGUUGGGUGCAGAAGAUCCUUUUCAGUGCUUGGCAGCAUGUAUGAAUCUCUCAGAAGCAUUGAGAAGCUCCUCUCCGGAGACUACUAUUUCACAUAUCCCUGUACACAUGGAUGGUUCAUGUAAUGGCUUACAACACUAUGCUGCCUUAGGAAGGGACAAGUUGGGAGCUGCUGCCGUGAAUCUUGUUGGAGGGGAUAAACCUGCAGAUAUUUACUCAGGAAUUGCAUCCCGAGUUCUCGAGAUCAUGCGAAGGGAUGCUGAGAAAGAUCCUAAAACCGAUCGGAAUGCUCUAUAUGCUCGGCUUUUGGUCAAUCAGGUGGACAGAAAGUUGGUGAAGCAGACGGUGAUGACAUCAGUUUAUGGUGUCACUUAUAUAGGGGCACGUGACCAAAUCAAGAAGAGGUUAAAAGAACGUGGUGCCAUUGCAGAUGAUUCAGAACUCUUUCAAGCAUCUUCCUAUGCAGCAAAAACCACAUUGACUGCCUUGGGGGAGAUGUUUGAAGCUGCAAGAAGUAUCAUGAAUUGGCUUGGCGAGUGUGCUAAGGUGAUAGCUUCAGUGAAUCAGUCAGUGCGAUGGACAACUCCUCUUGGACUUCCUGUUGUACAGCCUUACCGGCAGACAGGAAGGCAUCUUAUCAAAACUUCUCUGCAGAUAUUGGCAUUACAGCGAGAAACUGACAAGGUCAUGGUUAAGCGGCAGAGAACAGCUUUCCCCCCAAAUUUUGUUCACUCACUUGAUGGUUCCCACAUGAUGAUGACUGCUGUUGCUUGCCAAAAGGCAGGCAUGAGCUUUGCAGGGGUCCACGAUUCAUACUGGACACAUGCAUCUGAUAUUGACGAAAUGAAUAGGAUACUCAGAGAAAAGUUUGUUGAGCUCUAUUCGAAGCCAAUACUGGAAAAUUUGUUGGAGAGCUUUCAGAAGUCAUUCCCUACCUUGAAUUUUCCACCGUUACCAGAACGGGGAGACUUCGAUCUCAGAGAUGUUAUGGAUUCUCCCUAUUUCUUUAACUAGUCUCAGGUCACAUUCUUCUCAUGACCGUGUGCCUUUGAAAUUGGAUUCUGCCUUUGUCAUUCAAAACCACAAGGUAAUGGCAGUUGAGUUUUCUUUAUUCGUGGUCAUAAUUGAAGGCAAGUUCCUUAUACCAUAUUGGAGUAUAAGUUGAAAGGAUAAGAAACUUCUGGGAUAGCUGCAAGCAGUGUACUCGGGUAGUCGGGUACCUUUGUACAUAUCUCAAAAGGAGAGACCUACAAGCAUUAACAGAAGGUUGAUCUCACGUUUCUUUUAGAAGAUAAAUAUAUUUUUUUCCCUGGAGCUGUUGUUGGGCGGUCCAUCAUGAAGCAUUCUCUGAAAGAGCAGCUCAAAAGGUGGUCAAGCAAAUUGCAUUGACAUAAGCUGUGUAUAACCCAAGAAAUUAAAGCUUUUUAUGUUGAAUAGCACUUGAUCGAUGAAGUGAUUCAAUCAAUCUGGAAGUUGAAGGCUAUGCCCACCACAUCGAGCUUCCAUUACUUCAGGGAUGAUGAGAGUGACAGUUGUCGGUGGGUGUUUACAGAUCACAAAGAUAGGUUAGUUAAGAUAAUUGUUUGUGGUAUAUUAAAUAUUUUGCCACCUUUGUACCAUUUAUUUUGUAUGAUCUAUAUGAAUUGAUUGUCCUUAAAAAUAAAUUAUCAUAAUAA